UGGGUUUAUCUCACAGAGGCCCCUUUGGUGAGGUCUGGAAGCGUAAUUUUAAAAUAUACGAGGUAAGUGAAUGCAAUGCAGCGCUCCUACGUCAACGUCCCAAGCUCCCACUGACAGGCGAGAGCAGAAAGCGGCGUCCUUUUUUUUGGGGGGGGUAGCAUCUUCAACACAUCCCCGACAUUAGAUCACCUAGGCGGACCAUGAAGGUGACUACGGGUGUCUUGCUUUUCCUGGUACUAUCCGCGUCCGUGAUCUCGGUUGCCCAAGCGGCCAGGAGCCGGACCGGGAGCCAGAACAGCUUCCGACGGGCGGCAAACGGCGUCUACCAGAUGCUGAGCAACGUGUUCGGGGAGGAGAACAUCCGAGGCCUCUACAAGUUCUUCUCCAAAGCAACAGAGCGCUUUGUUCAUGGCGUGGAUUCCUUCAUUGAUGCAGUGUGGAAAAUCUGGACUGAUCUCCUCGAUGUGAUGGGCCUUGACUCAUCCAACUUGAGUCAUUACUUUAGCCCAGCUACCCUGAGCGGCAACCCGGCGCGCGCCCUCCCCCUGGUGGCCGGUGUCCUGGCAGCCCUUUGGAUCCUCUCAGUGUUGCUCGGCGCCGUAUUUUACAUUCUGCACGCCGUAUUCGGCCGCUUCUUCUGGCUGGCGCGCGUGGUUCUACUGGCUCUGGCAUGUUUGUACGUGCUGCAGAAGUUCGAGGGCGACCCCGAGCGCACCGUGCUGCUGCUGUGCGUCAUUGUGGUGCUGUACUUCAUGACGAGCCCCGUGGGAGUUUACUGGCGACGCGGGGCCGGCUCGCUGGAGGAGAAGAUCCACCACAUGGACACUCAGAUCCGCUUGCUCAACAUCCGCCUGAGUCGUGUCAUCGACGGGCUGGAGCGCGUGGAAGAAUAGAAGCAGCAGCAGCAGCGCUUCUUCUAUCAGUAUUUCUACGUCCAAGAAUUUUACCCACUUGACUUCGUAGUCUAUUGUCCUCAAGAAUUUCAAGCCUUGCUUGCAUGACGCUCAGUACCUUUUGAGUCGCAUAUAGUGGUAUCUCCAAGGUCCAAAGAUGUAUCAACUCCAGAAAAUGGGCUUAAAGUGACAUUUUGUGUAAGUGACUCAGAAGGACCUCUUAAAUCCACAAGAAGAAACAAGGACUUUAUAUGCUAACUUCAGAUAUUUUCUUCUCACCUUCUUGUGAUUAAAAACCAACAGAAGGGACAAAGUUAAUUCUUUGAUGGUCAUCGCACAUUAUGACAUACAAAAUCCAAAAGAGAUUUUUCCUGACAAUUUCAAACUUGGACUUUGGUGGUACUGCUGUUUAAAAAAAAAAAAAAAAAAAAAAAUGAUCAAGUGGGCGUACAACACAGCCAAUAUGAAUAUUUUAUUUCAAGUAAAAAAUGAAAAAUGGGCCGCUUUAUUCCACAUUGUCAAAAUGUAGUGGUCAUGUUAAUUAGCAAAUACAUUGGGACACAGAGGAACUUGUCCCCCCAAAAAAACGUCUGAUAAAUAUUUUAGUCCACACAGUGUGUAUGCAUAUUUACAUGACUAUCGUUUCUACAGGAAUGUCUCCCCUAUCAUGGAUACACAAUACUCUCAGGGACUAAUUUGACAAAACAUUUCAAGUAUGAACUUUUUUUUUUUCUGCUGUGAUCAAAUGAUCCUGUUUCGGGUUAUUAUUAUAUUUUAAAUGGACUGUCACGUUUGUUUACUCCAGCCAGUUUGUGAAUUCACAUGGACAUACAAUCUGGACUCGAAAUGUCAUUUUGUACAUAAAUAUAAUGCUACACACAGAAGUCAUAGUAUCAACUUAUGUCAAUCGGACUUACAAACAUUGCAAAGAAUUCAGAACUGCAUGUUGUAAAUUACUUGAAAUUGUCAAAAUUAAAAAAUUUGCAUCUGUUUUCAGUAAUAUGAUCAAAUGUCCAGUAUAUUCUAUUACCUUGACCACAGAGCAAAAUCAGUUUCUUGCACUAAUUACUGCAUUUCAGUCAAUAUUACAACCAGUUAAUUUUUACUUUUGUGAUGUGAUGUAAGAAAUGUUUUUUUAAAAAAAAUGACAUUUUAAUGUUUUAUUCCAGGGGUGGGGCCAGUUUUUAUAUAGCUCCCUAAGGGCCAUACUCAUAUUUAGUAUGAGCUAAUUUUUAUUAUCCAUUUUUGGGCUUUUUAAAAUAUGUUUUUGAAUUGCAUGGCAGACCUUGUUAAAUCCCCUUGUGUGGCUCACAUGCCACUUGUUUAGUCAAAUACUGUCUAUGUGAGUAAUCUUCAUUGAGUAGCAGGUGACUUCUGGUUGUUUUACUACUAACAGCACGUGUUUUUUAGGAAAAACUGAUUUACAAGGCAGUGCGGAGGCAGUUUUUCUGACUAACUCAAUAGAUUGGAGUAGUGUUACACUGGAAAAGGGUCAAGUUUACAAGUCUUGCGCGUUUGUGGGAUUUUUACACAAAUUAAAAUGAAACUGAUUUUGCAACUGAACUGCAAAAUCAAAUUGUAUCCUCACUGUUCUUAUUACUCCAUUUCCAGCCUUUUUUUGUUAUGUGCCAACUUGAAUCAAUGUCAUUUUCAAAUUCUGAAACCCCCCCCCCUUUUUUUUUCUCUCAUAUGUAUUGUAGAAUAGGCCUUGUGGAGAAUUCAAAACUGUGAUUUUGUGUGUGUAUAUGCAAACAUGUUCAUGGGUAGUAAUUGAGUUGUAUGUGUGUCCAAUGGCAAAUGACUUCCGUAUUUAAAUGAAUUAAAACAAUUGAAAUAGAAA